AAUGUCGCAUUCAACAGGUCAGCGCUCAUUUUUCUUCAGCAACUUUAUCGCACAAUUGACACCUCAACAAACGGUCAAGCUUCCAUAGUGUCCGUGAAGGAAUUUUCAGUGAUUGUGUCGUUGACUCCUAAAUUUGGUCGCAAUGCACACGCUGCGUUUAUUGUCAAUAUUAAUUGCCCUUUGGCAUAUCCCAAAGCCGGUCCUGAAGUCCGCUUCAUCACGCCGAUCUUUCAUCCCAAUAUAUACAAUGGCAAUGGUGGCGUUUGCUUAAGUCUUCUCAGUGAAUGGCAUAGCUGUCACAGUCUGCUGGAUGUGGUCAAGGCCCUCAUCUACUUAAUUGAGCAUCCGAAUUUUGAUUCUCCAAAUGACGAAUUUGCAACGAAUGAGAAACUUUACACGAAAAUGACGUUUCGGCUGCUGGCAGGUUUGCGUGUGGAAGGGAGGCGGUAUGCACCUAACCAAGCCUGGUGUGAGUGGGCAGAGGCCAAUGGAUGCCUCCCUCUUGGUGACGAAGACCUUGAAGACGAUUCGAACGAAAUCGGAGAUGCGGUGCAUGUGGAGGCCCAGCAGGAGCCGAACGAACACAUUGAGUCUCUUCCUGGCGUUUCCACCUACGCACAUGAUGCAAAUGAGAAGACCCAUCGCCGCUUCUCGGAUGCUUCCUCUGACACUGUUCCAUCUUUCGCCAAAAUUCGAUUCUCUCUCGAUUCUCUGAAUGGCACGUCACCGUGGACAUACUACGUGCAGUAUUACUUUUGCAACUACUUUAAGACGCAGCGCAUUCUCAUUGGCCACCCAAGUGUGAACGACGAACCUUCACCUCCUUCGGUAUUCUACUACAACGAGCUCCUCGGUAGCCCUGACUAUCGAGGUGAUCUGGGUGAUCUCUACAGCACGCUGUUCGCUGGCGACGUUUUGCACGCCAUGCAGGUCCACCCCGAAUCCAGACAAACCUCCUCUCUUUGUCCCUGGUACCCCUUUUACUACAUUUCUUAUCCUCCCUCCUGUGCUACGGAUUCUGUCUUCGAUCUGACCAAUCUGUUCACAUACACGGAACCACGGAGGCCCUUCUUGACUGCGGACUUUUGUCCGUGGUCGAUGCUGGAUGGACGGGGUAUUCUAGACCUCUUUGGUGGGUUGUUUUGUGAAAAAGGAAUCUAUCCUCGUGGAAGUGACUUUUCUCUUGAUGACGAUGAUGGUGAAUAUCUGGCUGAGCUCUUUAGUGAAAGCCUCCCAAUGGGAGGCGACAAAUUUGUCGAUGCAGAACUAGGAUAUUCACCUCAAAUUGUUGAAUCAAGAGAUGAAGAAGAAAGUGAUCGUGAAGAAGUGGAAUGGUGGCCAGCGGUCGAAGCUGAAAUGCAAAAUAUGCCUGUCAAUGAUGCUUCGUCACUGAAUUCGUCGACAACUAAUUAUCGCACACCAUAUGAAUUUCGACUUCCCGAAAACUCCUGGAGGUGUCGUAAUGAUUUUGAUGAAGCAGCCGUAUCAAUGAAUGCCAACUUGCUUCCACGGUGGCAUUGGAUGUUUCGUCAGACACGAUGGCCUCUUCGA